AUGCGCGGGCCCCGUCGAGGUGGCCAGGCGGGCGCGGAGGGCCUCCCUCGCGAGGCGCCAGACCAUCGAGUGCCGGGAGUGGCAUGCUGCAGCGGUGCGAGAAGACCCGGCGCUGGGGGCAGGCAGCGGUGCGAGGACAGGCACGGCGGCGCCCCUGCGGCCAUCUCGGCGGGGAAGCAUGUCGAGGUGGUUGGCACCUCCAUGGCCGGGUCGAUCGGCGUGGCCGAAGAGUUCUUGGAGGCCAAGGGGCGCUGGAAGGUGGUAUUCGCCAGCGGGGUCGCCAAGAACUUCAAGGGGGACAGCCUGCGGCUGGUGCCCGAGGGCCGAGCCCCCAAGGCCGCGGCGCGGCGGCCGCCACAGGACGCGGCCCCGGCGCUGAACAUGCACGAGGGCAACAUGGACAGGGGCUCGCGAAGAGCGGACAAGAAGCUGCCGUUCGUCGGCGGCGUCAUGGACGUGCUCUCGCGCAUGCAGGCGGACGCGCCCUUCCGCGAGGAGGCUGCCCCCUCGGUGGCAGACCGUUCGCGAGCGCCGGAGUCGCCGCCCGCCGCGGCGCCCGUCGCGGCGCCCGCCGCGGCCGCCGCA